GAGCAUGUCGUUAGGCGGGAAGGCACGCGGAGUCAUCGAGGAACCUUAAAGCCGCUGCGGCCGCAGACAGGUGAGAGGCGCGCGACGCCGACUCCUUCUUCCCCGGACGCGAGCAGGACGCGAGGAGGACGCGAGCGGAGCGGAGCGGGACGCGGCCCGGACGCCGGGAAUCGAGCGCGCGGCUCGGGAGGAAGAAACGUUACUCACGAAGUGUGAAGCGUGUUGGAGUCCAAACGUCCACCGGACCGACAGCGUUGCGUCAGCCGUCCAAACCAAACCACCCCCCGUUAAUUAGGGGGGGAAACGGCCAUGUCUCUGUGGACGCGUUUCUUGGGGCCCAACGUGUACCCGGAGGCCCCCGACGGAGGCUGGGGAUGGGCGGUCGCUGCUGCCUUCUUCUUGGUGGAGGCUUUCACCUACGGUACCAUCAAGAUCUUUGGCAUCUUCCUCCAGGACCUGAUGGAGGAGUUUAGCGAGACAAACAGUCGGGUCUCCUGGGUCGUCUCCAUCUGCGUGUUCGUCAUGACCUUCAGCGGUCCUCUCUCUGCUGGGAUGACGAACCGCUUCGGGUUCCAACUUGUUGUAAUGACUGGAGGACUGCUUAUUGCCACCGGCACCAUAGCAACCAGCUUCACCAGCUCCAUCAAUCAAAUGUACAUCACCUACGGUGUAAUUGCAGGUUUUGGCUACUGUCUGACCUUCCUGCCCACCGUGACCAUCCUUUCCCAGUAUUUCACACGCCGGCGGUCUCUGGUCAUCGCCGUGGCCUCGACCGGAGAGUCCCUGUCCAUGUGUGCACUGGCACCAGCCUUUUCUGCACUGAGGGACGUUAUUGGCUGGCGACGCACCAUGGCGGUGAUCGGAGGCCUGCAGACCAUCAUAAUCCUCUGCGGAGCUCUGCUUCGGCCGAUCGUCAUCAUCAAGCCCGGAGCGACCGACGGAUCGUCCUCAAAGCAGAUGGAGGAUCUCCGUACGUCAGAAGAUGCUACGGGCGCAAACCUGGACGACUCCACGGUGAACAAAACCUCACGUGCACAAAACUCCGUGGUCGCUGCGCUCAACGGUGUCCAGGCUCUCCAGGGCACAGACAGCAGCAGCUCGGAGGAGAAGACACUACUGGGCGAAGAAGCGAGGACGUCUGCGGAAACCACGACGGGCUCUGAGACGAAGCAGAAAGGGAGCGACGCCGCCGAGAAACGGGCGACGAGCCCCGCCGGCCAGAAGCCGCCUCCCAGGAAUUCCAAGCUUCUAGAUUUCUCCGUCCUCGGGGAGUGCAGCUUCAUCCUCUACUCUCUGUUCGGGCUGUUCGCCACGCUGGGCUUCUUCGCCCCGCCGCUCUACGUCAUCGAGCUGAGCGUGAGCCGAGGCGUGGAGCGGGACACCGCCACCUACAUGCUCUCCGCCAUGGCCGUGGCGGAAAUCGCCGGCCGCCUCUCCAUCGGGUGGAUCCUGACCCGGGAGCGCUUCAGGCAGAAGAAGCUGCUGGUGCUGCUGGUGUGCGUGGUCGGGAUGACGGCGGAUCUGCUGGGGUUCACGCAGGCCUCGGAGUUCUACGGCCUGGCGGCGUGCUGCGGUUUCUUCGGGUUCUUCAUGGGGAGCAUAUCGUGCAGCCACAUCCCCAUGCUGGCUGAGGACGACGUGGUGGGGAUCGAGAGGAUGUCCUCCGCCGCCGGCGUCUACGUGUUCAUACAGAGCUUUGCUGGGCUGGGCGGACCCCCGCUGGGAGGCGUGCUGGUGGAUGCGACUCAGAACUACGGAUCGGCCUUCUACUCCUGUGCAGCCGGCAUGGGACUGGGCGCCCUGUUCCUGGCCUUGGUGAGACCUGCUAAGAAAGGAGUGCUCUGCAGGAGCAGGAAGUCCAAGCAGCCUGAAGGCAACCAUGAGAAGAACGGGGACUCCGAGUGCAGCGCAUGAACGGGAGGAUCUGGAGAAGCAUCGGAGAAGAGCAGCAGAGGUCCUAUGAGGGUAAAACGGAGUCUAAAGACGACAGUAUUCAGGUGUUGAAGUUAGAAAAUAAAGAGAAAGACCAAAGUCUUUAUGAUCCAGGAACAUUCUUUAGAACGUUUUGCACACUGUGCCUUCCCGUAUGUACCAAACUGUGUUUAAUUCUACAGGCAAUGUCCUGGAAAUGCUUUAAAGUUGGACCACUAAAUGAGCUUCAGGUGACUCCAGCUGGUGUUGUGGUCUUUAGCUCACAAGUAGAGCUGUAACGUGUGGACAAUGGAUUGAUGAAGCUUCCAGAUGCUGCACAGUGCAAAAUGUAACACAAUUACUUGAUAAACUAAUAACCUGCCUGCAAACAAAGCAAAGCCAUACAAUGUGAUUCAAAUGUAGCUGUGAGAACAGUAAAUUGCACAAAUUCUGUAACGUGUAGAAAACGCAUCAAGCUCAGGAGUGUAAACGUGUUUCUGACCAAACCGUUGCUAAGCUGACCGUGGAAUGUUAUGUAGUAUAAGACGUCAGAAAUCAAACUAUUUUUCUAUUCUUUUUCAUGAUAAUGUGGUCAUAAUAAAGCAAGAAUGACACGAAUCA